CCGGUGCUCGCGGAGCAUGCUGAGUUUAGCGAGUGUAUGCGAGAUUGACGGCAGUCGCACUUGCUUGCAGUCAAGUGCCGAAGACACGCAGCUUUGGGAGUACCGGAACUGCCCGGGUGCAAGUACAAUGUUUGGACAAAUAGAAGUCACCGAGCAAACAAGUCGGACCAGAAUAAAUACACCGCCACCAACAGCAACGCCAUCCAUAUCACCACUCUUUGGGCCCCAGAGCACUGUACAGACCACCAUUUCAUCAAGAUCGUGGGCUAAUUGUGGAGCAAACAGAUCACCUCUGUUAGUUUCGGCGUUACAAUUGAUACUCCUGUAAAACAGUCCUUCAUUAGUCAGGUAGAAGCUGGGCACGCCACCCAAACCGUGUCCGGUCACAGAAGGAUCGAUAGCACCCCCCAAAUUCUCCCGGUAGGCAGUUCUUUGUACAUCCCCUGAGCUACUUCUAUUCACUUGCCUUUCAUUAACGCUGAAGUGGUGCGAUUAAUUUGCAUCGGUGGCUUUGUCAACCGGGGAGAAGAUGUGGAUGCCGUCAAGUGGCAAGGAAAGUUUGCGUUUCCUCGAGGAACAUCCCUGAAGCUCGUUCACCAAUGGGUCGCUCGUUGGGUAUCAUGAACUGAAGUGAAUGUUCCGGAUGUACUGGUCGGCUGCACAUUCGAAAUACUAUAAUUUCGACACUGGGGCGAGGUUGACGAGUAUCUUGAUUACCGAAACUCGUUCUGCUGGAAAAUUCCCUUACGUGCUGGGCUUGCUCAUACCAUCUCAAUGCUUCAAAAUAUUCUACAAAUGCCA